AUGUCUUCUCCUCGUGCUUCCUCUCCGGCCAACUCCCCGGCUGCCGCCACCGGUGCCAACAUUGGCCGACCUUCGUCCCCUACUCCUCCCGGUGGUCCUCGAACUGCCAUUCGGCGUCGUGCUGCUGCCGACCAAAAGGAGAAGAUUGCCAAUGCUCGACCUACAAGCACGAGAUCGGCGGGCGCAGGUGGCUCCAGUAGUACCAUGCUGAGAUUAUACACUGACGAGUCUCCUGGCUUGAAGGUCGACCCUGUAAUUGUCCUUGUCCUAUCUCUUGUGUUCAUUUUCAGCGUUGUGGCUUUGCAUGAAAUGUGCCAGCUUUGUCGCUUCCAAGAUGUUUCUCGCGUGGCAUACGUCAACGUCCCUGGGGGCGAUUGGCAGCCUUGGACCGACAUGGAGAUUCUCGACGAGAAGCAGAGGCUGGCCAUGCAGAAUGGUCAGCCACAGGAGAUGCAACCGCACGUUCCAAUGCAGGCGGUUGUGGACGGCGAGGACGGCGCUGCGGCUCUAAUUACCGACGGCUUCUUGGUCCCAAACCUCGACGGGCCCAACGAUGCAAACCCCCCCGCAUACGGCGAACAGCAUGACCAUGUACGAUUUUCACAACCAGGCUUCGAUGCUGGUGCCGAAGUCACAGACGAUGGUAGAAUUAAUAUCAAUCUUCACACCAAGAACCGAAGGCUUGCUAAUCUGCUCGCCCCGACAAUCGACAGCCAAAUCUCAGUAGAGCCUCAAGCCGAACCUGCUCUACCCCCAGCAUAUAUCCCGCCUGGUCUAAGUGCUGAGCCAGGUCAGCCGCCUCCACCCAGCCUCAACGUCGUUAUCCAAAUCGUUGGUUCUCGAGGUGAUGUCCAGCCUUUUGUGGCCCUGGGCAAGGUCCUGAAGGAAUCAUACGGACACAGAGUUCGGAUAGCGACUCAUGCAACGUUUAAAUCCUUUGUUGAGGACAAUGACUUGGAAUUUUUCAAUAUCGGAGGCGAUCCUGCCGAACUCAUGGCCUUCAUGGUAAAACAUCCUGGAUUGAUGCCUGGAAUCGAUGCUCUGAAGAGCGGAGAAGUCAGCAAACGACGUCGGGGCAUACAAGAAAUGCUUCUUGGAUGUUGGCGAUCCUGUAUCGAGGCAGGCGAUGGUUUAGGACCUCCGCCAAAACCACAUAGGAUCAAUGAGCCGUUGGACUUGGCUGCUGGAAUGCCGGGAGACGAAAAUCAUCAACCAUUUGUGGCAAAUGCCAUAAUUGCAAACCCCCCAAGUUUUGCUCACAUUCAUGUUGCUGAGAAGCUUGGCAUCCCUGUUCAUAUGAUGUUCACCAUGCCAUGGUCACCUACGAGGGCAUUCCCCCACCCUCUGGCCAAUAUCCAAUCUACCAACGCUGACGAUGUCAUGACUAACUACAUGACGUAUACAUUGGUAGAGAUGUUGACAUGGCAAGGUCUCGGUGAUGUUAUUAACCGUUUCCGACAAAAAGCACUCGAUUUGCCAUCUCUGUCGUUUAUCUGGGCGCCUGGCCUGCUAAAUCGCCUUAAGGUUCCCUACACCUAUUGCUGGUCACCAGCUCUGAUACCGAAACCGAAUGAUUGGGGGAGGCAUAUCGAUAUUUCCGGCUUUUACUUUCUUAAUCUAGCGUCGUCUUAUACACCGGAUCCAGAGCUUGCCGCAUUCCUUGAAGCUGGCCCGCCCCCAGUUUAUAUUGGAUUUGGAUCCAUAGUCGUGGAUGACCCCAAUGCGAUGACUCGAAUGAUAUUUGACGCAAUUCAUCUCGCCGGUGUUCGUGCACUAGUAUCGAAGGGCUGGGGUGGUUUGGGCGCAGAUGAUGUUGCUCUCCCUGAAGGUGUGUUCAUGCUGGGCAAUGUGCCGCAUGAUUGGCUUUUCGAGCAUGUCUCGGCUGUUGUACACCACGGUGGAGCUGGAACGACUGCGGCUGGUAUAAAGGCUGGAAAACCUACGAUUGUUGUACCCUUUUUUGGAGAUCAGCCGUUUUGGGGAGCCAUGAUUGCAAGGGCGAAGGCUGGGCCGGAGCCAAUUCGUUGUAAAGAUCUGACUUCAGAAAACUUGGCUGAAGCCAUCAAGUUCUGUCUCGAGACCGAUACCCAAGAGAGAGCGAAAGAGCUGGGACACAAAAUCCGAGAGGAAGCUGGAACAGAUGUUGGUGCAAAGAGCUUCCAUAAGCACCUCGAUAUCGACUCUCUGCGAUGCUCGGUAGCACCUUGUCGACCUGCCGCUUGGCGAGUCAGAAGAACCAAGAUACGCUUGUCGCCGCUGGCAGCGUCGGUGCUGAUAGAUGCAGGUCUGAUAGAGUACAAAGAUUUAAAGUUAUACCGACCUGUCGAGUACAAUACAGAAGAUCAGCCACCUGACCCCGUUUCGGCUGGCGCUGCUUCGCUCAUCGGCGACUUGAGUGGAAUUGGCAUGGCUAUCGCAGAUGUUCCUCGGGAAUUAUUCAAAUCUCGACGCCCCAAGGAUGGUCAAGGCUCAGAGACAUCAACCAUCUUAGGCUCGUCUAGCAAACUCACACUAGCUACAACGGACGCGAUAUCUCAGAACAAGUCUAAUACUGACUUGUCUAGUAUUGCCUCUCGGGAAAGAGAAGGCCGAGAAGCGUCAAGAGUUCCAACUGCUGAUUCAAAUCGAUCGCUUACCGAACUAUCUUCCGCAUCACAAUCUCUCGUGGAAUCGAGAGACCCGUCGCCCCUGGGGAUAAGUUUGGAUGCCACCGUUGGAGCUGGACGAAGUGUAGGCCGUGCUGUGUCUACAGGUGUGAAGAGCCCGAUGAACUUCUGUUUGGGGUUGGCUAAGGGAUUCAGGAAUAUUCCGAGACUCUACAAUGAUGAUACUGUCCGACCCAUAGAGAAAGUCACCGACCUCAACAGUGGUAUCAAGAUUGCUGGCAAAGAGCUUGGCUAUGGCUUCUUCGAUGGCAUUGCAGGUUUGGUUACGCAACCAAUUCGAGGAGCUGAGAAGGAAGGACCCGGCGGAUUCGUCAAGGGCAUCGGAAAGGGCAUUGGAGGCCUCAUUGCCAAGCCUGCUGCCGGCAUAUGGGGUGUUCCAGCCUAUAUGAUGCAAGGCGUCCACGCGGAGUUCAACAAAAUGUUCACGAAGAGCGUCCAAAACUACAUCAUUACUUCCAGGGUUGUUCAGGGGACGCAAGAUCUGACUAGAGCAAGCGAGGAGGAAAAGUCUGAUAUUAUUAUUCGGUGGAACAAUUCGAAAUGGGACCUGAAGAACUAUUAUAUGUUGAAGCGAAAGGAAAAAGCAGCCGAGAAGGCGCCAGCAGGAUCAGAACAGUCCACGCAAUCAGACUCACCAUUUUCUCGACCUAAGACAAGCUGGCUCCACACUCGCGGUAUGUCAGCAGAAGAAAGAAAGAGGCUGCAGACGCAAAAGAGAGGCUUCGUCGACGCACCUGUGCCUCUAUCAAGCAGCUCUUCUAGUGCCCAGCCAAGCACAUCAGACGAUGCUGAGUUCGAACAAGCAAUUCAAGCCUCUGUUCGGGAAACGUCUAGAGGCAAUGCCGAAGAAGAUGCGAUGAUCGAGGCAGCUAUUCGGGAAAGCAUCAAAGCUAUGCGCGCAAGAGGGGCACUGCUGGAGACGUUACCGGAGGCUUCUGAAGACAUUCCAGAAAAGGACGUCAGCAUAUUCGAAGACGAGGAGUACCAGAUUACCGACGAGGAGUAUCAGUCGCUUGUAGAACAGGCCAUUCAGCAAAGUCUGGCAAGCCAUAUAGAGGAUUUGUUCCACCCUCAAGAAACUGGCAUAUCAGAACUGGACGCAUUUACUACAGAGAUACACAGUGCCCAGGGCGCUGGCGCUGCACAAGCAGACGAACAUGAUGCUGAUCUUCAGCGAGCCAUAGAAGAAUCAAAGAAUGUGUCGACUCUUCCAUCAUUUGAUGACGAGGAAGAGCUUCAGCGAGCUAUUGAAGCAUCGAAACAGGAUAUGGCUCGCGAGCAAAACCAACGAACUGAGGAGGACAUUGUCUUGGAAUAUGUCAAGAAGCAAAGCUUGGCCGAGGCAGAAUUCCAUAGUAAGCUGAACAAAGGGAAGGGAAAAGCGGCAGCAGCAGAAAUCGAUAGCGAAGACGAGGAACUAAAGCGAGCUUUGGAAGAGAGUUUGAAAUUGCACAGAGGCGAUUGCGCCGGCCCUUCAGGGUCAGGGUCAGGAUCAAGGUCAGGAUCCGGAGCUUGCGAUGAAGCAGCAGAAGGAAAGUGA